AUGUUCUUUGUGGUAUUGUCACAGGACGUUGUUCUAGGAGGAAUCGACACUUCUGCAAUAACAAUGACAUGGGCAAUGGCAGAACUUGCUAGAAACCCUAGAGUGAUGAAGAAAGUUCAAUCUGAAAUCAGAAGCCAAAUGGGGAACAAAUCCAAGAUCAGCUUGGAUGACACGGAUCAGCUAAGUUAUCUGAAAAUGGUGAUCAAGGAAACAUGGAGACUACAUCCUCCAGCACCUCUUCUGGUCCCAAAAGAAGUAAUAUCUGAAUUUGAGAUCAAUGGCUACACGAUCCAACCAAAGACAUUGCUUCACGUGAACGUGUGGGCUAUAGGGCGUGAUCCUGAUACAUGGAAAGACCCAGAUAUGUUUUUACCAGAAAGGUUUAUUGACAGUAACAUUGAUACAAAAGGACAGCACUUUGAGUUGUUACCGUUUGGGGGUGGCCGCAGAAUCUGUCCUGCAAUCUACAUGGGAACAACAAUGGUGGAGUUUGGUCUUGCAAAUAUGCUGUAUAACUUUGACUGGAACUUACCAGAAGGCAUGGUGGUUGAAGAUAUAGACAUGGAAGAAGCUCCUGGGCUCACCGUGAGGAAGAAAAAUGAUCUCCUACUUGUACCUGUUAAGUACUUGAACAGUUGA